AUGAUGAUCGAUUCAAGUGAGAAUCUGAAACGUCAGGCGAAGAAAGACCUUUUUCCAGCGAUCGCUUCUUCUUCUGAUCAACUAGUUCCUGGAACUCGCAUCUUCGCUUAUAUCGCGAAGUAAGUGUUGGGUAUCCGUGCGUGCACCUGCACGCGCGGUAAUGCGGUCUGCACUGGCCGGGUGGAUCUUCGCGUCGAAAUCGUCAAGACGAGGCUCUGCCUAAACCAUCGCAGGAGGCCACCAGGUAAGUUCUUCUACAGGUAAGUGCAUUUGCUCUGUUUCUUCCUUUUGUUUGUUGAAGUUCCGUGUCGUAUACUGCUCUUGCUGCCUGCCCUCCAUAUGUUAGUCUGUCUGUUAAUAGUUAAAUGUACUUCUCGAUGCCUGCUGCGACUGCCUGUCUGUCAGUCUAUGCCUCUGCCUGAUAAUAGCUAGGUGUUACGGUGCUUGACUUUGAGUGGUGCCCUCACUUUUGUCUCUGACUGAUGACUGUGUCCGCUUGUCCACUCUAGUUCUAAGUCCCAUAGCGUUAGGUUGUGUAUGCUCUCUCCUACUUCACUCCAUCACAUCACCAUCACCACCAGGGUCCCAGGCUAAUUCGGGUCGUUCUCUCACUAACAAAAAGUCUUGGCCCAUAGUGGAGUCCGGCAGCCGUCUGGGAUAACCGGGCAGCCCUGUUCAGGGAUGCGUUGCCUGCCCUCGCGAGGGGGAGGGGGCUAGAAAAGAUGCCCUAAAGAUCGCUGGGAACCACGCUGUCUGUAGGCUGGCCGUGGCCGCAGACAAAAAAACACACGGUCGAAACAGCAAAAACCGAAACAACAACAAUCACUCUCUUCCUCUUCCAGCCUAUUCUUCUUCUUCUCCUCCUCCUCCUACAUUUCGCCGCCGCAGUCGCCAGAUUGGCAGGGUGAGCCCGCUCACUCUGGCAGCCUGGAAUGUUCGUUCCCUUUUAGACAAUCCGAGGAGCAACCGACCGGAACGGAGGACGGCGCUAGUGGCACGAGAACUGGCGCGCUACAAGGUGGACAUCGCCGCACUCAGCGAGACCCGUUUCUCCGAACAAGGCCAGCUGGAGGAGGUGGGUGCCGUCUACACCUUCUUCUGGAGCGGUCGACCCAGGGCAGAGCGAUGUGACGCGGGUGUCGCCUUUGCCAUCCGAACCGACAUCGUGGGACGACUGCCCUGUCUGCCGCAGAGCAUCAACGAUCGCCUGAUGAGCCUCCGUCUGCCUCUCCGGGGUGGGGGCAAAUUCGCCACCAUCAUCAGCGCCUACGCUCCGCCCAUGACCAGCACCGACGCCGCCGCAAGAGAAAAAUUCUACGAGGACCUGCACGCCCUCUUGGCGACUGUGUCGAAGGCGGACAAGUUGACUGUCCUUGGCGACUUCAACGCCCGCGUCGGCACAGACGAUACUGCCUGGAGGGGAGUGCUGGGUCCCCACGGUCUCCGCGGCUCAGACGACAACCGACUGCUGCUUCUCCGCACCUGCGCAGAACACCGCCUCAUCUUGACGAACACCUUCUUCAGUCUGCCGGAGCGAGAGAAGGCCACCUGGAGGUAUCCUCGGUCGCGUCAGUUGCACCUGCUGGACUACGUCCUCGUCCGGAGGCGAGAUCAGCGGGACGUGCUGGUGACGAAGGCGAUCGCGGGUGCUGACGGGUGGACCGACCAUCGUCUCGUCAUAUCGAAGAUGCGCAUUCGCCUACAGCCUCGCAGGAGACCACAAGGUAAGCGACACCUAGGUAAGUUGAAUGUUGCUUUGUUGUCUUUGCCCGCUCACCAUCUUCAUUUCAGCAAUGAGCUAGCUCAACGGCUAGACAACCUCCCAAUCGCUGCCGCCGCCGACGACGCCACGGCUGCCGAGAACGCCUUCGUGGAGAACCGCUGGUGUCAACUGCGAGACACGGUCCAGUCGACGACGCUCGCCGUCCUCGGUCGCGCUCCCCGUCAACACCAGGACUGGUUCGACGACAACGCGAUCAAAGCUGUCUACGGUCCGCCGACGAAGGGCACCGCUCCUCUCCUCAGCGCCGACGGCAGCACUCUCCUGACUGAGAAGACGCAAAUCCUACAGCGAUGGGCCGAGCAUUUCCGAGGCGUCCUCAGCCGCCCUUCCGUCAUCUCCGACGCCGCCAUCGAGCGUUUGCCGCAAGUGGAGACCAACGUGGACCUCAACCUCCAGGAGACCAUCAGGGCCGUGCAGCAGCUCUCCAGCGGGAAAGCACCCGGAUCGGACGCAAUCCCUGCUGAGGUCUACAAGCAUGGAGGUCCCCAACUCAUAGAUCACCUGACUGCGCUCUUCCAAGAGAUGCGGCGUCAAGGGGAAGUCCCGCAAGAUUUCAAAGACGCAACCAUCGUGCAUCUCUACAAGCGCAAGGGGAAUCGCCAAGUCUGCGACAAUCACCGUGACAUCUCCUUGCUGAACAUCGCCGAGAAGAUCUUCGCUCGCAUCCUUCUCAACCGCCUCAACAACCAUCUGGAACAGGGCCUUCUACAGGAAAGCCAAUGCGGCUUCCGUCGUCAUCGUAGGACCACAGAUAUGAUCUUCGCCGCCCGUCAACUUCAGGAGAAGUGUCAGGAGAUGCGGAUCCACCUUUACUCUACCUUCGUGGACCUGACGAAAGCCUUCGACACGGUGAAUCGUGAAGAACUGUGGAAGAUCAUGCAGAAAUUCGGCUGUCCGAAGCGAUUCACUCAGAUGGUGCGUCAGCUGCACGACGGUAUGAUGGCGCGAGUCACGGACAACGGAGCUGCCUCAGAGGCAUUCGCAGUGACCAACGGAGUGAAGCAGGGCUGCGUGCUGGCGCCAACCCUCUUCAGUCAUAUGUUCUCUGCCAUGCUGAUGGACGCCUACCGCGACGAACGCCCGGGAUCCGCAUCGCCUACAGGAUGGACGGUCACCUCCUGA